UGACUUUUCAAACUUAAAAAUCAAAAGAUCGUUUUCAGUUAUUUUCGAUAUUUAACCGGUUUCAAUUCAAUAACGAUAAUAUGUCGGAUUCCAAAUCAAGUUGCUCUGGAAGAGAGAAGCACAACAAAAGAUGCGAUACUCUCGAAUACAGAAAACAAAACAAAAAAAGGAGCGGAAUCUUUGCUUAUAGGAAAGAGUAGGAAACAAAAGAGCCCCCCCCCCCCCCCCCCCCCCCGAGACAAAUUUUCCUUCAUCAUGAAUCCUGAGAGAAUCUAAGGCCCGGUGUAAGAUAAUGUACGACAAUUUUGACGUGUUUGUACGAUAAUUCCCCGCGACGAAUCUGGCAACGCUGAUGGGUGAUGGUUGAUUGAAUUGUUUUGUCUUUUAUCAUGUUUGAUUUGUGAAGGAUGUGAAAAUAAUGAUUGAAUCAAAUAAAAUAUUAAUAACAUAAGUGUACCCUUUCAUCGUUUCACAUUCAUCGAGUGGAAUAACCGUGCAUUCACAGUGGAAAGCUGGACAUUUGAGCAAAGGUAUUAGAACCAUUUUAAAUGUAAUGACUGCUUCAAGAAUCAUACGCGGCACCAGAGCCAAAAUAGUCCUGUACGUUUGCGGUAUAUUUAUUGUAACGGCUAUUAUAGCUUGCUAUAAUAAUACACUAUCCCAAUUAGACGAUGUUCGAAGGUCCAAUGAAAUAUGUCACCAACAAGAGGAGAAUCUCGGCACACAACUUCAAGUUAUAUCAGACUACAAAGUAAGAAUUGAGAAAAGCCUGAAGGCUGAGAAAACUGAUCAUCAGCAAACAAAACUUACAUUAGAAGCUCAGCUGAAUGAAGAAAGGACAAAAAAUGAGAAAAGUUUUGGAGAUGUGAAGAUAAAAUUCUCUUCCCUUCAGCAGCAUUAUAAUAUAUUACAGACUGAACAUGAGGACUAUAAAGAAGAGUGUAGUAAAACUCAACAAAAACAACAAGAAGAAAUCAAUGAUCUUCAGUCUAAAAUAGAAGAACUGAAGGAAGAAAUAAAGAAAAUUAAAGCCUCAAAAGAAAGCCUUAAGACUGAAUACAUAGAACUUCAAGUGCAAAAAGAAAACAUUGAUAAACAACUUAAACAAAGCAAUAGUAACAAAAAUGAAAAUGAGAGCCAAAUCCUACAUCUGACAAAGGAGAAUGAGGACCUAAAGCAAGAAUUGCAACAGUUGAAAGAAAAAUGUUCAUUCCAAGAUACAAUACAAGAACCUAGGGCAAUGGAUGACACAUCAUCUACAAAGCCUAAACUGAGUUCAGCAGCUGAUAGCAACAACAACUUUUUUAAUAAAAACAAUGUUCUGAAACAGCCUAGCAGUAGCCAAGCUAACAUUGCAUCUUCUAAAUCAUCUACAAAAUCUGGUUUUCAAAAUUCUCCUGGUGCCUUAGAUAAUGCAAAACCUUUAUUGGUACCAACUGUCACACCAGAUAGUUUGAAACCUAAGGUACUACCAGCACCAGACACAAAAAAGUUACCUGAAGGUGUGGUAGCUUUUCCAGAAAAGAAAAGUGAGGAACCUCAGGUAGAGAUUAACAAUAAUAGAUAUCAAAAUGUUAAUCAGGCAGCAGUUGAACACAAAGAACCAGCAAAAGAUGAUGCGGACCAUGGUGCUCAUGAAGUAUUUGACCCUCCCCAAAAUCAUCUAGAAGGUAUUGGGUUUGGGGAAGCAGGAGAAAACCAGAUGUCUAAUGGUGAAAAUGUAAAGAAAUUACAAGUGGGAUUGGAAAAAGAACAAAAUAAGGAGAAAAAGAAUCAAGAUAAUGAUCAACAAGACUAUAAAGAGCUUGAAAAUGAAGAGGAUGAUGAUGCAGAGGGUUAUGAAGAUCACUUAGCUAGACAAAAGGACCCAGCUGUUCGAAAUUAGGGUAUUUUUAAAAUAAUUAAGAAUUUAUUUUGGUUUUAUGUAUAUAACAGUGUUUGUGGGAAACUCAGUUUGAUAUAAGAGUAUUAUACGUUUUUACGUUAUUUCUCUUUGGUACACUAUAUCUGUUGUUCUUUUAGGCUAUACGUGUUGCUAGAUUGUUGCAAAAGUUGUUUCAGUAUUUUUCGUGUACAUAUCGCAUUUAAGUAGAAUAUUUUUUAAUAAUUAUCUAAGCUUAUAGACAUCAGGUACUUGUAAAAGGUAUUUAAUACUUUUUAUGACUCUCCUCAAAAAUACCUCCAUAUGAAGUAGGUGAAAAUAGUCUUGUACUGUCAUUAAUCUAAAAAGCAAAAUAACAUUAGGUUCCUAUGAUAGGCGUAUGUUAUACAGAUACAAAUAUUUUGAUUAGGUUGUAUUAGUUUUAUACAGAUUCCCAAGCAGGAUGCGGCGAUAAAAUAAAAAAAGUGAUAAGAGAAACAUAUAUAUAUACACACUAUGGGAAAUUUAGUAAAAUUAACACGAAUCAAAUGAAAUAGUAGGACAGUUUCACUAAGCAAUAUAGUAUUCACAAAAAUUAUCACAAUUUGGUACUGUGUGGUACUUUGUUUACUUCAGUUUAUAGAAGAAUCGUUAAAGACAAACAGAUAAUGCAGCAAUAAAAUUUUCCAAAACAUUUUUUCUUAUAACAGAUGACAUGCCCUACUUGCCUCACUUUAUAUACUCUGAGGAUUUCAAUGUGCCUGUUACUACUUUUAAUGUAGUCUUAUUUGUUGGUGAAUAUUCAUUUGGGGUUACAGAUUGACGUUUAUAUAUACUUUUUCACUGAUUUUGUAUACAAUUACUUUUGUAAAAAAUUAUGAACAAUAAAACUGCCAUUGAUACA